AAAACACAAACAUCAACAACUCGUGCUUGAUUGAGUUGUUGUUUUGCCGGCGAAUCUUUAAUUUUAUAAUUUCACUCGAAAGCUUAAUAAAUUCGCAAUUACAACCAAUCACUGAUGAUUAGCACGCUUUGAUGAGAGAUUGACCGGACGGAGAGAGAAAUUUCGAACUUGUCGGCAAUCUGGCAGCUCUCGAGCAGACCAUGAUAGCCGCCACUGAUGUCCAGGAUUGGCUGCCGCAUGGACGCUCUCUGGAACAUCCCGGACAGUUGGCGGGUGUCUCUGGCUCGGAAGAACCGCACGACCGCCUCAUCGAACAGCUCAGCAACAUCGACUUGUCAGAUGCUGGAAAGGAGUGGUGGUGCAUUCGCUCUAGUCCAGAUGUUGACGGUGCCGAGGAGGAGCUCUACAUCAACGGCAGGACUGUGAUUUGGAGCCAAGGCUCGCACUCCCGAUGGAUCACUCUUCGGUCCUUCACCUCUGAGUUUCCCGUCCAGCUCACUUGCUGGGCCACUUUCAGAGAUUCCCCUUCUCUGCAUCAACUCCCUCUAAAGAAUGAUCUUGAUUCGUUCAUCAAGGCUAUUUGCAUCGUGGACACUCACAACAUCAACGUCUUUACGACCGAUGGCCGCGACUUUGUAACAAGUUCCCCUUUUCCCGUCUCGAAAAUAUGGCCCAUGAAAUCAGGGCUCAUGCUCGAGAUGGAGGCAGACAUACCAGUUCACUCAGAGAUUUCGGCUCUUCAGUACCCACUGGUGUUCAGCCUUCACCACCCUUAUGAUGACAUAAAACCUGUCAUGACCAAACAAGGAUCUCGCAUUGGUGCUGUUACGGAUCCAGGACAAAGAAUCGUUUUCACAAGUGAAGACCCGUCAAUUUGCAUGCUGUACGAUUCCAUCACUGGAACUCACAGUGUGUGGGCUAUUAGGAAUGCAACCCUCCAAGAAAGUUUUACUCCAAGAGGAAAUGAAGAAAUCUCUUUGGCGGGUGAAAGUAUUUUGAGUGGUCCUCUGCACGAGAGCCCCUUAGAAGUCAUUGGUGCCUCUCCUAUUCCGUCAGCACUUGCAGCGUCAAGUCCUAUCUCAAGCAAAAUAGAUUUGAGGAGAUCUUCAUUUAUGGCUACGAGUCCAACACACCAUUCAAAUUUGAGUUCAAGGCGCCACACUGUUAUUGGAGGAUCUCCAUUUCAACUAAAGGCAAGCCCUCUCCUCAAUGCAUCCAAGCGGUGUAGCCUGGCCGACAGUUUAGGAGGUGGUGGAGGCACCCCUUUUUCUGAAAGACGAGGGAGCAUCGACUGCCGCUCCCCUCUGAAUGUUGCUGCAGAUGUUCCCGUCCAACCCCUCUACCCUGAAGUUUGCCUCGAAUUUCUCUGGGCAGAGUCUCUCAAGGAAGCUAGCCGAAGUGGUGGUGCUUCAAAAGCGUUCCUGACGACGGACUUUGUUGGCCAGACUUACCUGUGUUACUUGGUGCCUGGAAAGCGAGAGCUUUUCCUCGUUAAACUGGAAGAGACCAAUAGACAAGAGCAGUUGAUUUUCUGCACGAGGACCAGUGUCCCAGCAAGAGAUGCAGUUCCAUUGACUGACUUGCCGAUGAUUGUUGUUCUUGAAGUCAGUGGUGGAAUUACCUUAUACUCUGGCCCAGACAUGGUGUCUAAAAUUUUUCUACCCAAUUUGCUCCCUCCUCAAACGCCAAUCCCGACAAGAUCAUUCCAUUCGCUCAUCACUUCUCCGUCAAGCUCGAGGAUGUCCGAGAGCUCUUUCAAAAUCAGGAGGAGUAGCUUGCAAGGCGAGAUGACAAUGGACGGUUCUUACUUUGCUGAUGCAUCCUGUGUGUUGUCCCCUGUUCCCAAACAUCUGAGAAUGGGAUCGUGCAUCACUUUGGAAGAGACUCAUAUCAGCAUGGAUGAAGUGCUGCGACUUAGAGAUGAAACCAAAAAACGCAUCACUUUGGAAUUCAAUAAUGGACAUAUGGUUAGGACAAGUCUACCAGAAUUGUACACAUCCUUGCUUGUAAGGAAAUGUGUGCAAACUCUGAGGAUAGCCUUGAAAAGAGAAAAUGCCAUCCUUCUACUUACAAAGUGGUACUGUGCCAGAAAUGCACCAGGCUCCCAAGACAUUUCGGCUGAUACGGAAUGGCAGCUAUUCCUUGCAGCCCUCCUUGGUCUGAUGGGAUAUGAAGUUGAAAAGCUGAAAAUAAUAAAAAAGUACGACUCAAGUAGCGCACCGCAGGAAAAACGAAAGAGAAAAUCCGAAGCAGGAUCUAAAGAAGACUGGAGUUGGGUGGUUUUGAAUCAUCAGAAGGAGCUCUCUGACAUGUGUUCUCUUUUACGAAUUGAUUGUCCUGAACUUUUCACUCAAGAAAAAUCUGUUUCUGGUGGUCGAAUCAACACUAAUGCGCCGUUAUUCAAAGUUUUUGAAACCAUCCUUCAGUCCCUUCAUCUGUUAUAUGAGGAGAUGAAGUUAGAUGCUCUUUGCAAACCUGAGCUUCCACAAUUGGCUCAGCUUCUGCAUUUACUGGCCAGUGACUUGCAAAUUCCUUUUUACAUCGAACACUACUGGAGAGACUACCCUCAUUUGUGUUGUCCUUAUGAAAGUUCUGAAUUCCAAAUGCACGAAUCGGAUCUGAGCAAAUUAGGAAUAAAAGUGUCUAAUCCUGCCUCAAUCAUGCUUCAAGUUCAAACUUUGCUAGAAUGCAACAUUGAACUUCCAAGCCCAUACUUAUACAUGCCUCAAGUCAAUGAUUUGUCGAGAAAUGUUGUUCAGUUGACUGCACUCUUGACCCUUGGAAUGAAAGAUAAGAACUUAGGUCUGGAGCCUUUCAUCAACUACAUGGGACCAGUCACCUUCAGGAAAAAUGUAACCAAGGAGAAAAUUCCUUUCAAAGCAUCGCUGGCAGAGAGAGCUGUUCUUCUCAUGGUCCAGAGAAAAAUUACUAAGAGCGUGAUUGAGCGUCUUCCUGGAAGCAUCGCUCUGCUAUUCAUGUGCGCUAUUGCAAAGUGCAGAGAAAAUCCUCCUCCUGAUUGGUCUUUAGAGGCAUUCAAUCUGGUCGGACGAGAAGAUUUGGCCACGCUUUGCUCUGGGGAAGCCAUGCAGCCUCCAAGGGAACCACAUAAACUGCCCAAUGUCCAAAAGGAGAACUCUAGCGAGAACAUUGAUGAUGGAAUGGAGGAUCUGAACAUGGAGGCUCUGAAACUUCGAUUUCCAAAAGACCAGAGAGUCGCCUCUGUUCGCCGAAUGCUGCAGUCGGCCAAACCUGUCAAAAUUUCUAUAAUUCAACGUCCUGAGGUUUCUGAUCACGACUACAUAGAAGAGCAAGAAAAGCAACUCUUGUCACUCUGCACUCGAACUUUGGGCCUACCUGUUGGAAGGGGCAUGUUCACCUUGGCCUCCGUUGAGCCAGUUGUUCUUGAGCCCCUUCCAGUGCCAAAGCUGUGUCUUACUGGGAAGUCACCCAUAAGAGGAACCUCUAUUGACCUGUCCCACAUUGAAACAGUGGCCAACAUGAAUUACUGGCCCCUUUUCCACAACGGAGUUGCCGCUGGUUUGAAAGUUAGCCCAAAUGCCCCAGGAAUUGAUUCAACCUGGAUUGGCUACAACCGUCAAAAGCAGGGAAACGCAGACGCUGCAACAGAACAUGCUGGAUUUCUUAUGGCGCUCGGCCUCAAUGGACAUUUGAAGACGUUGAAAAACUUCAAAAUUUACGAGUAUUUAAACAAGUGCCAUGAAAUGACCAGUGUUGGUCUUCUUUUAGGCAUUGCUGCCAGCAAAAGAGGGAGCAGCGACCAAGAAGCAUCACAGGCAAUCCGAACCGUCUGCUUACACAUUGAAGCAAUGUUACCUCCAACGUCUCUUGAACUGAAUAUUGCUCAGAACAUUCAGGUGGCUGCUCUACUUGGCCUUGGCCUUCUGUAUCAAGGCUCGGCUCAUCGACACAUUGCUGAAGUCUUAUUGUCCGAAAUUGGUCGUCCACCUGGACCCGAAAUGGAAAAUUGUGUUGAUAGGGAGUCGUAUUCCUUGGCUGCUGGAUUGGCCUUGGGACUGGUGGUGCUCGGCCAAGGCAAUGGCCACAUGGCAGGGCUCAAAGAUUUAGCAAUUCCUGACACACUACAUCAUUACAUGGUCGGCGGACAUGUAAGACAGCUGCCAGUGGCGCAAAGGGAAAAGUACAAAAAUCCUAGCUAUCAGAUAAGAGAAGGUGACUAUGUGAAUGUUCAUGUCACAUGUCCAGGAGCGACCCUAGCACUAGGAAUGUUAUACUUCCGAACUGGGAAUGAGUCUGUAGCCGGUUGGAUGGAAGCUCCCGACACUCAAUACCUGCUCGACUUCAUCCGGCCAGAUUUCCUCCUCUUGCGAGUCCUGGCCAAGGGGCUAAUCAUGUGGGACAACAUUGUCCCAAGCAAGGAGUGGGUUGAAAGUAACGUUCCUGAGAGUAUCAGGCCCUACGCUCUUGCCAAGCCUCAGCCUGGCACUGAUCCGUCUAUUGAUCUCGAAACAAUGAACCAAGCGUACUGCAAUAUUUUGGCCGGCUCGUGUAUGGCUAUGGGUCUGCGAUUUGCUGGAUCUGCAAACAACGAGGCGUUUGAAACUCUCUAUUACUAUGCUCAUCACUUCAUCUCCCUUCUGAACAAGUCUGUUGCCGAGCUCGCAGGAAAAUCAACAGUUGAAUCAUGCAUAAAUGUUGUCGUCUUGUCACUUGCAAUGGUCAUGGCUGGAACAGGAGAACUAAGUGUCCUGCGCCUCUGUCGCUUUCUUAGAUCUCGAGUUGGGCCAAAUCAUGCUGUCGUCACUUAUGGCUCACACCUGGCCACCCACAUGGCUUUGGGGCUGCUGUUCCUGGGUGGAGGACGUUACACUUUGUCUACGUCAGCCCAGUCAGUGGCUGCACUUCUUUGUGCCUUCUUCCCCAAGUUCCCUACCCAUUCAAAUGACAACAGGUAUCAUCUUCAAGCCUUUCGUCACUUGUACGUUUUGGCAGCAGAGCCAAGACUGUUGCUUCCGAGAGACGUGGACUUGCUUCGGUGCGAUUACGCCAGUUUGAGAAUUGUUUACUUGGACACACCUUGGUACAAAAAUCAGUACGUUGUGCUUAAAGCACCCUGUCUGUUGCCAGAGUUGCAUUUAAUUAAAGAGAUCCGAGUAGAGGACGAGAGAUACUGGCCAAUCACUUUCGAAAAAGGUCGCAAUUGGAACCAAUUAAUACAACUGCUCAAAUUGAAGCACACACUCCCAGUCAAAAAGAAAGCUGGUUGUCUGUCAUACAACGAGGAUCCCUUAGGCUACAGGACCAUGUUUGCCAAAUCUCUUACUAGCGAGAAGAGUGUAUGCUGGUCAGCAAGGAUGGAGUCAAUUCAGGCUUUUUCUUCUCAAAAUCCAUUGGUGGACUUUGCUGAGCUGUUCGUAAAUGAUGUGCCUGGUGAGAGCAUCAAGGAGAAGGAGCUUAAGGACUUGGUCAAAACGUUUGCCUACGAGUGCUGCGUUCAUGACAAAACAUCAAUGCUCCCAAUUCUGCUCUCGUUUCUAUUUGGCACAAGAGACUUGUGUGAUGGCCAGCCAAACAGCAGCAUCAUUUGGCAAAUUAAAAUGCAGUUGAAGAUUGCAGAACUUCUGACCAAGAGUGACUUGCUCUGUCCUCUCAUUUCAACAGAGUUGGCGAUUUCUAUUUACUCGAGAGCAAGGUCUACGUUAGAUACAAUCGAGAAUAGUUUGAGACCGCACAUUGAUGAGUAUUUGAAAUGCCACGAAUUGACUACAACUGAUGAAAAAAGCCUCCGCAGCCUAACUGCAUAUUUGUCGUUUUACGACAUUCCAAUGCCUAAAUUAUUGAAAAUUGAAGCCCAGUUGAUAAACCCUCUGAGUCUAAUGCAACAUGGAUUCCCAGCAGACACGGCUUUGAAAUUUGCUAGGUUAAGUUAAAAUUGAGCCAACUGUUUGUUAAUAUCAAUAAAUUUAUUUUUCACAAUU